AUGCCCAAGUCGAUGCAGUCGUACCACAGCGUCGACGACUACGACGCCGACGAUGACUACGCCGCCGAACAGCGCGAGCGCGACGACACCUUCAGCAGCACCACGCCCACGUCGCCCACGCUCACCUUCAGCGCCCAGCGCCCGAUGCGUGCCUCGGACACGGACCUCACGAGGUCGACGGGCAGCGUCAACGAGCGGACCGCCCUGCUAGGAGUGCCCCAUCUGCGGGGUGCCAGGUCCUACAAGAGCCUGCCCGCCACCUCCCCGGGCACCCCUCGCCCGGGCAUGACGCGCAACAACAGCCAGCUGCCCACCAGCUCGCGCAUGCGGAGCCGCCGGGGCUCCCUCACCGGCGGCCACACCUUCAGCCAGCGCCUCGUCAAUGCCCUGGGCGAGCGGGGGGCGGGCCUCGAGCAGAGCAUGCACUCCGCAAAGGCCUCCUUCUUCCAGGACAACCGCGUGUGGUACGAUCAGUUCACGUCGACCGACUGGGUCCACGACAACAUCGCCGACGCCUACCGCGUCAAGGCCCUGCGGAGCCGAAAGGACAUCAGAGGCCGCCUCGCCGCUUGGUUCGACGGUGCGCAGGGCUGGAUUCUGGUAGCCCUAAUCGGCGUGCUCACUGCCGUGUGCGCCUACUUCGUCAACACCACCGAGACCACGCUGUUCGAUCUGAAGCAGGGCUAUUGCACUACCGGCUGGAACAAGAGCCGCAAGGCGUGCUGCCAAGGUGCCUCGAUAUGCGACAACUGGCUCAAGUGGUCCGAGGCGGUCCGCAAUGACAGGCUGGACGUCGUCCAGACCCAAUAUGGCUUUUUCGUCCUCUCCGUCAUCUUGCUCUCCAUGGCCUCGUGUCUGCUCACGCUCACCACAAAAACAGUCAUCCCUUCAGCCAUCUCACUGUCCACACUCGACGAAAACCUCGGAGCAGAAGUCCGGAGAUACUCUGAUCAGGCAGAGGAAGAAGACCGCAAGCGCAGCAUCAGCCCAGAGUCAAGGUUCCAGGAAGUCCAGGCACGGCCACCCAUGGUCUACUACUCCGCUGCUGGCAGUGGUGUAGCCGAAGUCAAGGUCAUCCUCAGUGGUUUCGUUCUCCACGGUUAUCUGGGUGUACGCACACUGCUCGUCAAGACGCUGGCUCUGAUCCUCAGUGUUGCAUCGGGCCUCAGUCUCGGUAAGGAGGGCCCAUACGUGCACAUUGCGACUUGCAUAGGAAACAUUGCUUGUCGUAUAUUCUCAAAGUAUAGCAACAACGACGGCAAACGCAGGGAGAUUCUCAGCGCUAGUGCCGCUAGUGGUGUUGCCGUAGCUUUCGGCGCUCCGAUUGGCGGAGUGCUCUUCAGUCUGGAGGAAGUGAGCUACUACUUUCCGUCCAAGACGCUCUUCAGAACCUUUUUUUGCUGCAUCGCGGCUGCGUUAUCUCUUAAAUUCCUGGAUCCAUACGGCACCAAGAAGAUCGUGCUUUUCGAGGUUCGUUAUCAUCUAGACUGGAAGUUUUUUGAACUUGCGACCUUUGUCUUCACCGGCGCUGUGGGCGGUGUUCUCGGCGCAUUGUUCAUCAAAGCAUCUCGCAUCUGGGCACGAACAUUCCGUCGCAUACCCGUUAUCAAGAAGCAUCCGCUCCUUGAGGUCUUCCUGGUUGCGCUUGUGACUGGUUUGAUCAGUUUCUGGAACCGAUACACCAAACUUCCCGUCACCGAACUCUUGUUCGAACUGGCAAGUCCGUGCGACACGUACACUGACACCGGCGACGGUCUCUGUCCGACUCUCGAGCAUAUUCCGAGCGUACUCAAAACCUUGUUCUUCGCAUUUGUCAUCAAAGCUCUUCUGACUGUCGUCACCUUUGGUAUCAAGGUCCCAGCCGGUAUCUAUGUACCUUCCAUGGUCGUAGGUGGUCUCGCCGGGCGCUUUAUCGGCCACACUGUUCAACUUGCUGCUCUACGCUUCAAUCAUCUGGGCGUCUUCGGAGAGUGUUCGCCUGAUGGUCCGCCAGGUUCAUGCGUCGUUCCUGGAGUGUACGCGUUAGUGGCUGCUGGAGCAACGAUGACCGGCGUCACUCGUCUCAGUAUCACACUGGCCGUCAUCUUGUUCGAGCUCACGGGUAGUCUGGAUCACGUACUCCCUUUCUCUCUCGGCAUUCUGGUCGCCAAAUGGGUGGCGGAUGCCAUUGAACCGCUCAGUAUCUACGACCUGCUCACAGACAUGAACUCGUAUCCAUUCCUCGAUAACAAAGUUCGGCCCAUCUUCACAUCCGAGCUUGGCGACAUCACUACUGGGAAGAGACAGGAUCAUAUCAUCGACAUCUCAGAAGACGCGCUCAUUCCUGCAGUCGAGCUGCGUGCAAAGCAACGUGGACUACAAAUGAUAGGUGAACUGGACGGCGGCCUGUCCAUCAUCAAAAACGGCGUUCUUGUUGGCCUCAUUCCUGCACCAGAUCUAGAGUUUGCGCUCGAUAAGCUGGAGAACGAAGAGAACACGCUUUGCCUCAUGUCACCGCGAGUUGAUUGGGCUGCAGGGCGUGAGCCCCAAGACGAAGAAGAGCAAGAAGCCUAUGAUCCAAGUGAUUUCACUCCAUAUAUUGACCCAGCACCUGUUGCAUUGGAUGUUCACUCACCGAUGGACUUGGUAUACGAAUGCUUUGUAAAGCUCGGACUACGAUAUAUAUGCGUGCUCAGGGAUGGCAAGUACGCUGGUCUGGUUCACAAGAAGACUUUCGUCAAGUACGUCAAAGAAUUGGAGCAUCAGGAAAAGAAAGGACGUGAGAUCUAA